AUGCAGUUCAAGGCAGUCAAAUUCACCAACAAAGCAAAUCCUCUCACUGUGGGCACGCAAUCGAUCCCAGUCACAGAAACUAAUGGCGAGUACAAGCUCCCAUCUGCUGACAGCAUUCUCGUCAAAGUUCAUGCAGCUGCGCUCAAUCCAAUUGAUUUGAUUAUUAAGAACUCGUUGAGUCCUUGGAUUUUCCGCGGCGAGAAGGGCUUUGGAUUUGACUAUUCGGGUGUUGUCGUUGCCAUUGGUGCUGAUGCAGCCAAAAGAAAUGGACUCAAGGUCAACGACAGAGUCUCUGGUUUGUUCCAGGAUAUUUUCGGUCCCGGCACAGUUGCUGAGUACGUGUUGGUGGAUGCUUCCAAGCCUACGGGCGCCAAUUGCCGCAAGUUGCCGGACAACUUGACCUUCCAGCAAGGUGCCGCAUGGCCAUUGGUGUUCGGUACUGCUCAGAGCAUGUUUGACAGCAUCGCAAAGGGCAACUCGUUCAACAAAAUAUUGGUCAUUGGAGCUGGAACCUCUGUUGGCCGUUACGUUGUGCAGUUAGGUAAGAAGGUGUACAACUCGUCGGAGAUUGUUGUGAGCUGCUCGUCCAAGACAGAGAGCCUAAUCAAGGAGCUCGGAGCAACAACUGUAAUUGACUACACCAAGCAGAAGUCCAUCUUGAACCCUGUGUUGGAGUCUGUGAAGGAGUCCGGUCCCUUUGAUGCCAUCUUUGACUGUUGCGGUAACUCCGACCUUCUCGGUGACAUGCUGACUGUCUUGAAGGGCCGUGCUGAAGGUGGAACCUACACCACAAUUGCCGGAGACGCCAAGUUAGACUUUUCGAAGGGUCCUGGCAACCUUCCCUCGCAAAUAUUCUCUCACUUUAGACUGUUACGAAGCAAUUUCGGUUUUCUUCCUUACUUCUAUAAGAUGGUUUUGGUGAACCCCGCUGACAGUUGGCCAGACAAGUGUGUAAAGGCCUUGGCCGAGCACGAUUUCAAGGUCUUUAUUGAUAGCGAGUAUCCAAUGGAUCAAGUCUCCGAGGCUGUCAAGAGACUACAAUCUAACAAGGCCGCCGGCAAAGUCAUCAUUAACAUUGAGUAA